GGCAAAGAAAGACCCGAAAUUUUCCCUAACGGGUUGGAUAGUUUAAGGGUAAACCCAAAACCGAUCCGCUCGUACUCGAACCCGGCGCCUAGUCCUGUAUAGUGUAUACUCCUAUUUGAAGGAGAAAUUAAAUCCAGCCAACCCUUCAAAACUCUACUACCUCAGAGGCCCGCAUCUAAAAAAACUGGUAAUUUUCUGAGCUGCUGUGUUUGAUCUUUGAUGUGUCUGGAAACACUCAAUUGUCUGUUCUAUCGUUCUACGUGCUUGUUAAUGGCUCGAGUCAGUGUAGUUUGGAACUGAACAUUUUUAUUCUCGAAUUGGCUGGCCGUUUUAGCAUUUUUUUUUUUCUUCUUUUUUUUUUGGUGUGUGAUUUGCUUCAUUGGUGUGGUCUUAUUUUAGAAACAGAAUCUGGGGUGAAGGGUUUUGCAUAAAUUAUCUAUAAUACUUCAUCCUUCAUUUCAUGUACUGUCUGAAUUGGGAAGUAGGACGGAGUAGUGAUUGAGGGAUUAGGGUUCAGUAUGUAUUCCGACGCCGGUUUGGCCAAAUUUUCUGCUUUAAGCUUGUCUCUUCCAACUGGGAGGAUUUAGUGCAUUGUAUUGCAUGAACUCGUUUCAUGCUUUCCAUUGACUACGUAGUUCAGCUAGAUUUGAUGUGGUUUCAAUCUUAGUAUUAAUACAGCCAUUUGUUAAGGUUGGUCAGCAAACCAGAUAAUUAACUCGAGCAGUAAACUGAUAUCAUGGUAAUAUGUUUCCACUGAAUACUUAAAAAUUAUAGCAACUUUGAUGUGUGGGUUGUACUACAUUUUAGUUCUAGUUCUAGUACUUGGUAAAGCUGCAAGUCAAUCUUUGUCUCUGUUUGCCUUGGUCUCAAUUGUCCUAACAGUUCUCCAUCUCGCCCAUCUUAAUGCAGGGAGAGUUCUCUAAAGAUUCUUUCAUGGAAAACUUGCUGUAUUGGAUCACACCGAAGCUGCAGGUUAGAGGGCGAGGGAAGAGCAAAGCAAUCAACAACGGCCUUUUGUGAGGAUUGAGAUUGAUGAUGAGGGCGAUGUCUCUUACAAAGCUCGGUAGCCGAUUUAAUCUACUUAGAUUAUGGGGGAUGCGAGCACUUUCGCAUCAAACUACGUUCAUUCAAUCUUCAAAUCAGAGCCAGAGCAAUACAGGUGUGUUAGAAUCUUCGGACAGCCAAUUUGGUAAUCGCACACAUUAUGACUUGCCUAAGCAAAAUUAUGGAGCGGUUCCCAGACCACCAAUAGGGGAAAACAUCUCAAGGAAUGAUAAAGUUAGUUUUCUUGUCAACACACUCCAUGAACUCGAUGACAGCAAAGAAGCUACAUACAGUGCUCUUGAUGCUUGGGUUGCAUGGGAGAGGAACUUCCCCAUAGGCCUGUUGAAGAUGGUGCUGAUUGCCCUUGAGAAAGAGAAACACUGGCACAAGAUUAUCCAGGUUAUUAAAUGGAUGCUAAGCAAGGGACAAGGUACGACAAUGGGCACAUACAAGCAAUUGAUAUUCGCGCUAGACAUGGACCACAGAGCGAAAGAAGCACAUGAAUUUUGGCUGAGGAAAAUUGCCUAUGAAUUCCAUUCUGUUCCUUGGGAGUUAUGUAAGCUUAUGAUUUCUGUAUAUUAUCGCAAUAACAUGCUAGAAGAACUUAUCAAUCUGUUCAAGGAAUUGGAAGCAUUUGAUCGGAAACUGCCAGAUAAAUCUGUGGUGCAGAAAGUAGCUGAUGCCUAUGACGUGUUAGGCUUCAUUGAAGAGAAGGAACGAGUACUGGCCAAGUACGAGGAGCUAUUUACUCAGAAAUCUCAGAAAGCAAAAGGACUUCCUGCUCACAAGAGAAGGCAAGCAAGAGAACGAACAUAAAAAAGAACGCUAAUGUUCCAGAAAAGCCCGCAGCUUCACUAUCUGGAUUCUAGAGUGUAGACUAUUUAACUUCGCUAAUGUAAUCAAAAGCUAAAUCCCUUGUGUAUAGAAUGUAUCAUUAAGGGUCUUUCCAUCGUUAAUAAUCAUGUCAGCAGCAUUCCUAUGCGCUUAUCACUAACUGAAGCUGUUAACAUUCUCAAAUCUCAACUAUAUCGUAAACAACAUCUAACUGUAAACAACAUCAGAGUUAGAAAUUCAGUCACUAAUACAGGAGUUUCCCGUAUCUUUUCAAUAUUAUGAUGUCAAUACGAACAAUGGACUAGUAUGCAAAAUUAGCAACAUCCUUUUCCAUAAGGGAUUUGUAAAACAGAAAUGGAAGGAAAAAAGCGUUUUGCUAAUUAGGAAUAUCCACUCUCCUCCAGUCGUCACUGUCAUCUGAAUAUUCAUCUUUACAUUUCACUUUUGAUUGAACCUUAUUUCCUCGCAUAAUGCUUGAUAGCUCUUGUAUUGAACAAGAAGUACUUCGGUCCAUCUUAUCUGCAAGUAUCUCCGUCAACUCUGAAAAUCCGAAACCAAUAAGUUUGUUCCUCAACAAUUCACAUGUCACAGGAUAAGGAGGUAAUCCUUCGUCAAUCAUCAGUUCAAAAUACUUACAUGCCUCCUCAAGUUUAUCUUUCUUCUUGCACAGACCAUGGAUCAUCACAGCAUAAGUUGACACUGGAGGGUGAAAUCCUCUCUGGUCCAUACUUUUCCAAAACUCUUCCGCUCUAUCAAAUCGCCCAACUCUAACAAGCAUUUUAAGCACCAUAUUGUAGCUAUGUCGAUCCAGUUGACAACCGUAAUGAUCCAUACUCGAGAUCAGUUUAAGCGCUCGGUUGACUUCACUAUUAUCACAAUGGUAAUAUAGAAUAGCAUUGUAGCUCCAAACAUCUGGCAUCACCCCACUCUUUACCAUUUCAACAAGGAUUUUGUAUGCUUCGUCCACCUUAUCAUUCUUGCAAAGUUUCUUGAGAAUAACAUUAUACGUAUACACAUUUGGCACAAGAUUGUACCUUUUCAUUCUAUCAAGAACCCUGAGAGCUGAGUGUAAAUCAUCUUUUUCACAGAAGGCAUGAAUGAAGAUGCAAUAGCUGAAGGCAUCUGGCUGAAAUCCCAUAGAGCUCAGGCCACUGAACAACUUAUUCGCCUCAUCCACAUUGCCUCCCUUGCACAAGGACUCCAUAAUACUAUUAUAAGCAGGCAAAUCGACCGGACACCCUCUCUCAAGCAAUUCAUCAAACAGCUUCCUCGCCUGUCCCACCUCCCCAAUAUCACCCCAACCUCUGAUCAAAAUACUGUAAGUUUUAGCAGUCACAUCAAAAUCCUUCUUAACCUUAUCGAAGAAUUCCUGGGAAUGUUUAGCAUGCUUUCUCUUACAAAGCACAAACAGGAGUUGAUCAACAUCAUGAAUGCUGGGCACAACGCCAAAAUCUGUCAUCUUGUUGAAAGCCCUGAUGGCAUCAGCAGGCAAAUUAGCUUUACUAUAAGCCCUAAACACAAUCCAAAAGAUUUGUGGGGUAAUCACAAAAUUCCCAGUAUCCCUAAGCUCCACAAGGAAAUCCCAUAUGAGAGGAAACUGUUUACUACUUCCUAGAAUAUCAACCAGAAUGUGAUGACUAUCUUUACUAUGCUGAAAACCCGGCAAAUCCCUAGCCCAGAGAAAGAAUCUGUGAGCAGAAAAUCCCAGAAAUUUACACCUUUUGAGUACUUGUUCGACCAGGUCAGAUGAAAUCUUGGAGGAGAAUGGAUGAAGGGCCGAUUGGAUAUCGUGGUGGGGGCUUCUAUAAUCACUCAAAAUGCGAGCAAUUUCGCCGACGAGUUCCGGCAACGGCGGGUCCGAUUGAGAUACCGACGAGAAGGGUCUAAAGCGCGAGCCAAACAAUGAUAAUUUGAGGACAGUAUGACUUGUUCUGGCGCGCAAAGACAGAAACGUGAGCGCCAUUCUUGUUAGCUUUUCUGGGCACUAUUUCUCUCCGAUUCAAGGGCUCAUGGUUUUGUGAAGAGAAGGAUUCAGUGAACUACAACAACGGCCGGAGAAAUUCAAUCGGCGGCCAGCCUCAUUUCAAAGAAAUAGAAAAAUUUGCAUACAGAACCUCUGUUGUUUGUGAAAUGCUUAUUAGGUUCAUGAAAAUUUGGGAGUACGUUAAAUUAGCCCUCGUCACUUGUCAGUCUGAGUCAUAUUCCGACUGGACACCUUCAAUUACGGAGAAGUGAAAGGGUGACAAUUGAAAUAUGAUAUUGGUAAUCAUUUCAAGUCAUGGAAUAAUAAUAAUAAUAUAAUAAUUGCAACUAGU